AUGUCCUCGUCGUUCCUCUUCCGCCGCGCGACCGGCGCCGCCACGGCCCGCCGCGCCUUCACCACCUCGGCGCCGCGCUCCGUCGCGCGUAUCUCCAUCAUCGGCAACCUCGCCGACACGCCCGAGCUGCAGCCCACGAGCAGCGGCCGCGAGAUCCUCAAGUACGCCGUCGCCAGCAACAGCGGGCCCAAGGACAACCGCCAGACGAGCUGGUUCCGCGUCACGAGCUUCGCAGAGGGCCCGCGCCGCGACUUCCUCCUCAGCUUGCCCAAGGGUGCCAUGGUUUUUGUUGAGGGCGAUGCCUCUAUCAGCACGUACCAGGACGCCAACGGCCAGACCCGGAGCAGCCUCAACGUUGUCCAGCGCAGUAUCGAGGUCCUCAAGCGCCCCCAGAACGCCGGCCAGAACGAGUAA